AUGGGUAAAUGCUGUACACCAUGCCUGCCUGUCCUCCUGGACUGUCUCACCGGACUAUUCCUCCCGAGUUCGACAAAUGACACCCAGUUCAAGUCCCUGCUCGACGUAGUCAACCACUGCGAUGAUUUUCCCCUCCCCGAGAAAGACCUCAAAACUUACAUCGCGCGAGUGAACAACCUAUACCACUUCCACGUCGGCCGAGACACGACAACACUAGGUUUCGUGCUGCCCGAAGUAGCCGGCAAGUUCGGUAAGUGUGCAGGCUGGAGCGUGAAUGACAAGACGAGUCCCAGAACACUUACUUUAACCGGUGGACACGACCACGACUCGCGCUCUGAGAUCAUCAAGACGACGAUGGCGCAUUUCAAGAAUACGAGGGCAUUCAGCAUUCUCGAGAACUGGCGAGGCGAACUCAAACCAUGUUAUGGGCCCAAGGGCACCAUGUUAUUCUCCAUCGAGCGGGCGGCUUUUCCUCUCCUGGGUAUCGUGGCCUACGGCGUCAUGCUAGUAGCUUACACGUGCAAUGAAGAGGGCAGGAUAAAGGGGCUAUGGGUACAGAGACGAUCGCACGAGGCCCGGACACACGCCGGUCUUCUCGACGGGACUGCCGCAGGUGGUGUUCCUAUCCACGUAAAGCCGUUCACGACCUUGAUCAACGAGGCGCAAGAGGAAGCGUCGUUCUCGGCGGAGCUAGUGGCGCAGCGAGCCAGACCGUGCGGGACUCUGUCCUACUUUCACACACGAAGGAGGGAUAUGGGGGGAGAAGUCGGCCUGCUGCAGCCCGGGGUACACUUCUUGUAUGACAUGGAAGUCCCUGACGACGUCCGGCCGACAUCCAGCGAUGUCAAUGUGGAAGGAUUCGAACUCAUGACGCCGGAUAGAAUCAGAUGGGAAAUACUUGCCGGGAACGUCAAGCCGUGGUCUGCGCUCGCUGUCAUUGAUUUCUUUGUUCGCCACGGCAUUAUUCAUGAAGAGAAUGAGAAAGACUUCAUCGAGAUUUCUAUGCGGCUCCACCGUAAUCUAGGAUUCCCUGUCUCGGGGGUCUCAUUUCUUAUGAAUCAUUCGAGUUAG